GCAAAAGCUGGGAUCCUGGCCCGGACGGUCGCGAUGGGGUGAAAAUGGCAAGGUUGGCAUGCGUUUUGCACCUCUCGUUGACGGUCGCAUUGGUUCCGCCGGUUGCCAGGCCGCCCAGCCACGUUGUGUGUUCAGGGGCAGCCUAUGAUUACUGCAUCCAGUCCUUGGGCUGCACGGCGAAGGAGGCGGCCAAGGCUGAAGGAAAACUGUUACCGAGGACCGCAGAGAGCCUGACACGGGCGCAAAUCGAUUGCGUGUGCAAUUGGCUGCAGUCCGAGCUCGAACUAAGUGACGUGGAGCUGAGGACAUUUGUGCUCAGAGCCCCUUCGCUCUUAAGUUGCUACGUCGAGACCAAUUUGGCGCCGACGCUUGAAUGGUUUCGAUCGACUCUGGACCUAGGCGACGCGGAGCUGAAGAAGUUUCUAAUACGUCGGCCACCGCUAUUAGGUUGCAGCAUCGAGGCGAAUCUUGCGCCUAAAUUGGAGUGGUUGCAGACUACACUCGACCUACGCGACUUAGAACUGAAAAAGCUGGGACGAAAUCCGGUGGUGCUAGGCUUAAGCAUCGAGGACAACAUGGCGCCGAAGCUAGAGUGGCUGCAAAGGCGCCUGGACCUGGACGUAGAGCAGCUGAAGAAGAUUCUUCUGAUAAAACCAAAUCUGCUAGCCUACAGUAUCGAGGAGAAUAUGGAACCGACCCUUACAUGGCUACAGACGCGCCUCGGACUGGACACAGCGCAGCUGAGGAAGGCUGUAUUAAUAAAACCCCAAUUGCUGGGCUACAGCGUCGAGAAGAAAAUGAAGCCAAAUCUUGACUGGGUGCAGAUGCGCCUCGACUUGGAAGAAGAGCAGCUAAAGAAGAUGGUGGCUGGAAGUCCGUCACUACUGGGUUAUAAUAUCGAGGAUAACAUAGAGCCGAAGCUUCGCUGGCUGCAGUCGCGCUUUGAUCUGAACAAUGCAGAGCUCACAUGCAUGUUGACAAGCCUUCCCACGCUGCUCCAUCUGAACAUCGAGAAAAACCUCGAGCCGAAGCUACGUUUCUUCGAACGAGAGCUGGGAAUAGCUUGCGUUGAUAUCCGCGCGCGGGUGAUAAGAAAGCCGCCCCUUCUUACUUACAGCCUGGCAAAACGAUACCAACCGCGCCUCAAAGUCUGCCGGGCCGCCGGUGCUGAUCCCGUGAUUGUCCUCAAUAGCACUUCGAAAACCGACGCAGAGUUCUGCAAGCGCCUCAAUGUCCCCCUCGAGGCCCUCCGCGCGGCCCAGGAGGACGUGUAA